AUGCCGAAGCUCGUCGCCAAAGUUGAAGGUCGCGGUAACGGAAUUCGUACCAACAUCGUCAACAUGGCGGACAUUGCUCGCGCUCUCAAACGACCUCCUGACUAUCCGACAAAGUUUUGCGGCCAUGAAUUGGGGCGCUCAGUCCAAAUUCGAUCCAGCAGAGGGAAAGGCGAUUGUGAAUGGUGCCAUGAGCAGCGUGACCUUCAGGUCUUGAUCGACAAGUUCAUUGACAAAUUCGUGUUGUGUCAAAAUUGUAAUUUGCCAGAAAUUGAUUUGCAACUAAAGAAGGGGCGUGUUGUUUAUCAUUGCAACGCUUGUGGUGAUCAGGCUGAGACGGAUAAUGCGCAUAAGCUCGCAACGUUCAUUUUACGAAAUCCACCAGAUGGAGGGGACUCCACACUUGGCGCGAAAAAGAAAACCAAAGAAGAACGAAAAGCGUUAAAGGCUCAACAGCAGAAACUGCGAGAAGAUGGCGGAAAGCGAUGA